UUUCAUUUCCUCACUGCCUGUCUUCUUCUUCUGCGUGCGUCACUGCAUCCUCCGCCUGCCUCUGCAUACGACUGCGACCGAGUUCCCGCGUCUUCUCCCCGACCCUCCCUGACCUCGCAAAAGGCAACCCUCGCCAUGGCACAACAAAUGUCUGCACAGGAGUUCACGGGCCCCCGCUUCAAGCUCGUGCUUGUUGGUGAUGGUGGUACCGGCAAGACCACCUUCGUCAAGCGCCACAUCACUGGCGAGUUUGAGAAGAAAUACGUCGCCACCCUCGGUGUCGAUGUGCACCCUCUCAUGUUCAACACAAACCACGGCCCCAUCUGCUUCGAUGUCUGGGACACGGCCGGCCAGGAGAAGUUUGGUGGCCUCCGUGACGGCUACUACAUCAACGGCAACUGCGCCAUCAUCAUGUUUGACGUGACGGCCCGUAUCACAUACAGCAACGUUCCCACGUGGCACCGUGACCUUGUCCGCGUGUGCGACAACAUCCCCAUGGUCCUGUGCGGUAACAAGGUCGACCUGUCCAAGGAGCGCCGCGUGAAGCCCAAGCAGAUCACCUUCCACCGCAAGAAGAACCUGCAGUACUACGACAUCUCCGCCAAGAGCAACUACAACUACGAGAAGCCCUUCCUCUGGCUCGCGCGCCGUCUCUCCGGCCAGCCCGACCUCGAGUUUGAGGCAAUGCCUGCGCUCGCCCCUCCCGAGGUUGCGAUGGAUGCUGCCGCUGUUGCCCAGGCCGAGCGUGAGCUGCAGGAGGCCCAGCAAGCGCCGCUCCCCAUCGACGACGACGAUGACUUCUAAGCUGAUCAGUGCCACCACUACAAGAACCCCUCUCCCACCCCUUGCACACGCACACACAAUCGCUCCCCUUCUUUAUCAUUGCAAUGAUUUGACACACAACAAGAAUCUCGCGAAACUCUCCUUUUGUUGUUGCCAGCUUCACGCACUGCAUGUUGCCCUUGUUUCUCUUCAGCUGUGUAUGGAUAUUGUGUCCUUCCUCUGGCGUUGUUGACGUGCUGUUGCUGCUCAGCAGAUAUGGAGGCACGUUCACGAGACCUUGUCUUCCCUUGUGCCGUCCUGCUCUUCUUCCCACCCUGCUCCAUCUCCUCCUCCUCCUCUGUCCGUUUGCAUUGCUUUCAUGCCUGUCUCCUUUGUGUGUGUGAUGGCGUGCCAGACAAACAACAUCACCAACAAGCACACGUUUCACUCCCUCUGUGUUGCUGUGAUUGUACAUGCCGCAGCAACCUGCCUUCCUUCCUCCUCACUCCCUUCUUCUUCUUCUUCUUCUUUUGCUCGUUUGUUCUCUCUUGUCCCUCGCUUGUGCUUGUCGUAGCCUGUCGCUUCGCCUUUCACAAUGAAUGAAAUCGUAGAUACCAACAACGUCAAAAGCACGCUUCUAAUUUUGCCAUGAUGGCGGACAUACAAAGGCACGCAGACGCACACAUAAAAGAGGUGUGUUACAAAUACG